CGGCCGCCGCAGUGGAUCGUGUUGAGGGCGUUUAUCGAUAAUCGUGCUGAUCGACUUGGCGGUAGGUCGAGUGAAACCGCAGAUGAGCGUUGAGGAUGUUGCCGUUGCUGAAAUUCCGUCGAACUCAGGUAGCUCCCCAACACACACUUUUAGACCUACAUACUGCUUCGCAUCGCCUUCAUCCUGCAAUUCUAAGGCUGCAGUCGUUUGCCGUGCCGUGAGCAGAUUCGUGAGCCAUCGUGGACGGGAAUGUGCUGUCGAUGCCAUCAUCUGCCGAGUGUCCGGAGCGAAGACGGCGCAAAAAGUGACGCACUGCAGACUCCCGAGCCCAAACGAGACGUUCCCAUCGAUAGACGUGCUGCAGAACAAAGGUCGUAGCAAAGCCCGCUACGACCGUGGAUCUAGACUUACUCGACAUCAGUUUGGUGACACAUGUAGGCUAUUCUUAGAAGAGCCUGCAACAGCGUGCCGAUGUUGGAGACCUCUUGGUAUUUUCACUGACUGGGAUUGGAAGGGUGAAGGUUGCCUUGCACGGUACCUUGGGCUAAUAGGGUUUGGCUGGGUGACGCCUCAGCGAAUCAGUGACGCAACGUUCACCGCGGGCACUGCCCGGGCUACGAAUCUGGGCAAAAGAAUGUAAAUGACAAGAGCCUGGUCAUGAGAGGAAGCGGGAAGAAGUUUUGAGGACGUGGAAGAGCAUGCGUGGACGCUCG